UCUGUCGGCGUUACGUUAUUUACUUUCCUCAAUCAAUUUUCGCAACCGCUUCUCCUGAAUAAACAAAUUAAAGAAAUGUUGGGAAUGGUCGGGGUGGAUGAAUCUGUCGCACCGAAUCGGUUCGAGGUUUCAGACUUCGAAGUCCGACGCUCCGUCCUCCUCCUCCGGUAGCUCCGCUGCCGCUGUUUCUCCCGUGAUGUCGUCGGGUUCCGGCCCGAUCCGCCGAGUCGCUCUCUUCAUUGCCGCCAUCUCCAUCUCGUGCUUCGUUCUCUACAGAGCAGUUGAUUCCCUCCAGAUCGUCCGUGGCUCGUCGCCACCUUCGUUGUCGUUCUUCCCUCGGAUUUUCCCGUCUUUCGAUUUUUCUUCGCCUCUGGAUGAGGAACCUAAACUUGAAGAUGUUCUGCAUAAUGCUGCCAUGGAAGACAGAACAGUCAUUUUGACGACUUUGAAUGAAGCAUGGGCGGCUCCAGGAUCUGUUAUCGACCUUUUCUUGGAGAGUUUUAGAAUGGGGGAAGGAACACGCAAACUUUUGGACCAUUUGGUGAUUGUUGCUUUGGAUAAGAAGGCAUUUUCUCGUUGUCGGGCCUUACAUAGGCACUGCUUCUCUCUAGUCACUGAGGGAGUUGAUUUUUCCCAAGAGGCCUAUUUCAUGACCCGGUCGUACUUGAAGAUGAUGUGGAGAAGGAUCGACUUCCUGCGGUCUGUUCUUGAGAUGGGAUAUAAUUUCGUUUUCACGGAUGCUGAUGUGAUGUGGUUCAGAAACCCGUUUCCACGGUUUUUCAGAUAUGCGGAUUUCCAGAUUGCAUGUGAUCAUUUCCUUGGAAGAUCAAAUGAUAUACAGAACAGACCAAAUGGAGGGUUUAACUUCGUUAGGUCCAACAACCGGACUAUAUUGUUCUACAAAUACUGGUAUGCUUCACGACUAAGGUAUCCUGGGUAUCACGACCAGGAUGUCCUUAACUUUCUCAAGACCGAACCCUUCAUUUUCCGCAUUGGGCUGAGGAUGAGGUUCUUGAAUACCGUCUAUUUCGGUGGUCUGUGUGAACCCAGCAGAGAUAUGAAUCUAGUUUGCACAAUGCAUGCGAAUUGCUGCUAUGGUAUGGACAGUAAGCUUCAUGAUCUAAGAAUCAUGCUUCAAGACUGGAGGGAUUUCAUGUCUCUGCCGCUACAUCUGAAACGAUCCUCGGGUUUUACAUGGACGGUCCCUCAGAACUGCAGUCUCGAUUCUCUCCGGCAUUAUGACACCGAGGAUGAAGAAAGUGACCCACCAGAAGCAUCACAAGAAGACUGAAGUUAUAUUACUGUUCACAGUCCUGAAAAAAUUCCCACAGAGAGAAGGAAUCGGAAGGUAAGCUGUAUUCGGUCGGUCGUUUUCUCUAAAACAAAUGGUGGGAAAUGACAUGUUUCCUGUCCUAACAGGCAGGCUUCUCGGAUUUGACGUCUUGAGAACCGCAAAAAUUCCGACAGCUGUGUGCGGUUUUGGGACAUGUGGAUAUAAGUCCUCAUGUAAUGUAAGUAGCUGGAGAGGGUGUUAUUAUGUGGUUUUCGUUGCCAUCUCCGGUGGUAGAAUAGUUAUUCAAAAACUGGGUUUAGCAUAAAUUUGUCUAAUUGUACUUUAUCUUAUACUUUGUAUGUUGAAAUCAUUUAAUUCUAUACAAGACAUUAAGAAGAGGGCCACCAAGAGCUUUUGAUA